AAGGAUUAUUGGUUUUUUACCUUAUACGGGGUCGCACACACACAAGCAUCCAAAUUGAUUGGUGCAGGAGCAGAAGGAGCAAAACAUUAAAAACACAACAAAAAUGGGUGCAAGGGAAGACGAAUACGAUUAUCUUUUCAAAGUUGUGCUUAUUGGUGAUUCUGGCGUAGGCAAAAGUAAUUUGCUGUCACGUUUUACGCGCAAUGAAUUCAAUUUGGAGUCCAAGUCGACAAUUGGCGUUGAAUUUGCAACACGCAGCAUAGAGGUCGAUGGCAAAACUAUUAAGGCGCAAAUUUGGGAUACAGCUGGACAGGAGCGUUAUCGGGCCAUCACCUCUGCUUACUAUCGUGGAGCGGUUGGAGCACUGCUUGUUUAUGACAUUGCCAAGCAUUUGACGUAUGAAAAUGUGGAGCGAUGGUUACGAGAGUUGCGCGAUCACGCCGACCAGAAUAUUGUCAUCAUGUUAGUGGGCAACAAGUCCGAUUUGAGGCAUUUGCGUUCAGUGCCAACGGAUGAGGCGAAAUUGUUUGCUGAGCGCAAUGGUUUAAGUUUCAUAGAAACUUCGGCCCUCGACUCUACGAACGUUGAAACCGCAUUCCAAAAUAUACUCACAGAGAUCUAUCGUAUUGUGUCGCAGAAACAAAUCAGAGAUCCGCCGGAAGGCGAUGUCAUUCGUCCCUCGAAUGUGGAGCCCAUCGAUGUAAAGCCGACUGUUACAGCUGAUGUACGCAAACAGUGCUGUCAGUGACCGCCCGAAGCAUUCACCGCAGCAUCGAAAGCAGCAGCCACAACAGCAGCAGCCCCCCGCAACAACAGCCAGAACAGCAACCGCAAGAAGAAUUACAACUAUAACAACGGCAUAAGAUGUUAUUUUUUAGUACCACAGCCACAAGCAAUUUGUCAUUUAUGCAUGAAAUCAACAAGAACAACAACCAACAACAUCAACAAUCGCAACAACAACAGCAACUUUAUCAUCCGGCUGUAGUUAACUGCAGUUUAAACUGAAGUUUUAUAUAUGUAUACAUAUAAAAAAAUAUCGUAUAAAACGUCAAUGCAACAUGCGGCGUAUCUGAGAUAGAAAUGAAAAACACUAAAACACUCCAAAUUCAGUUUAAGCUGUAGAUGUAACUAUAAUUUAUAUAAAUAUACAUAAAUGCUAAUAUUAAAAA